AUGGCAGCGGGAGAUAGUCUCCCAGCUUUGUUGGUGUUCACUCUUGUUGAGGCCUACUUUCUGCAGCGUGCAGUGUUUGUAGAGCAGACAUUCCAAACGGUCAUCCUAUGGAGUCUGGCAGUCAACAUCUUGGGCAAAGGCUUAUACAGCCUGGUCAUUUGGCCAUUCUAUUUGAAUCCUCUGCGCCACCUACCAACGGUACCGGGCCUCAGAAGUCAUGCAAACAUGAUUUUUGAUUCCCCUCGUGGACGUUUGCCCUUAGACUGGAUGAAGACCAUUCCUAAUGAAGGUCUCAUCCACCUGCGCGACACAAUCGGGCAGAGCUAUCUGAUCGCCACGAAUCAUCAAGCUCUGCUUGACAUCAUGAGUACUCAUACGUACGAUUUCGAAAAGCCCUGGCGCGCGCGGAACUUUCUGGCUCGAAUUUUAGGAUUUGGUCUGAUUCUGUCCGAGGGUGCCGCCCAUAAGAGGCAGCGCAAGGCGUUAACGCCUGCAUUCAACAUCAGGAAUAUCCGAUCGAUGUAUUCGCUGAUGUGGGACAAAACAAACCAGCUUCUCGUGGAAAUGGAAAAGGAGCUUCGAACGAAUCCGAUGGAUGGAACUACUUCAAAAGAAGAGGUUGGAAAGCUCGAAAUGGGCGUAUGGGGAAGCCGUCUCACUCUAGACAUCAUUGGGCCCGCCGCCAUGGGCCGAGAUUUCCGCUCUCUGCAGAACAGUGACAACCCCGUGGCAGAGAGUUUCCUCCGUAUUCUGGAGCCGACGAAGGAGAAAAUGGCCUUUUUAGCCAUGAACUUUGCCCUACCGCAGUGGAUCGCUCGACGUGUACCUUGGCGUCUCAACCAUGUGAUUGAUACCGAGACGGGGUUCCUUCGAAAUCUUUGCAAUGAUAUUGUCCGUGAGAAGCGAGAGAUGUUGACUGUAUCCAAGGCCUCGGCGGAGGAUCUGGAGGCCGACAUUCUCGGUACAAUGAUGUUGGGUGGUGACUUUACCGAUACCGAGUUGGUUGAUCAAAUGUUGACAUUCCUCGCUGCUGGGCAUGAAACAACAGCUUCCGCAUUGACCUGGGCAUGCUACCUCCUCACACUCAACCCAGACGUCCAAACGCGUCUUCGAGCUGAGAUCCGGUCCAGAAUACCUUCCGCCGACUCUCCAGUCACCCACACCGAUCUGGAAUCCCUCCCCCUUCUCAACGGGGUCUGUCAAGAAGUCCUGCGCCUCUUCCCCACCGUGCCCGUCACCAUCCGCGAAGCCAUUCGCGACACCACCGUCGCCGGCAAGCACGUCCCAAGAGGCACCCGUCUCAUUCUCUGCCCGUACGCCAUCAAUCGCGCCCCGACAUUCUGGGGCGCCGACGGCGAGAAAUUCGUUCCCGAACGCUGGAUCGACACCGACAAGAUGGGUAAUCAGGUUCCCAAUAACAACGGCGGUGCGUCGACGAAUUUUGCGCAAAUCACCUUCUUGCAUGGACCGAGGGCGUGUAUUGGGAAGGAUUUCGCGAGGGCGGAACUGAGGUGUGCGGUGGCGGGAGUGGUGGGGAGGUUUGCGUUUGAGAUGCAGGAUCCUAAACAGGAGAUUCAUAUCGCGGGGGCGGUUACGACGAAGCCGGUUGAAGGGAUGCAUUUGAAGAUGCGGAGGGUUGAGGGGUGGUGA